CGCGCUUGACGUGUUUUGCUUGCGCAGCGGUCGACGUAAACGGUUUUCAUUCGGUCGGUCAUUCUAUGCUAACGUGCGCAGGUGUUUGUGUGUGUUGGUGUUAGCCAAUGCAAAGGCAACGCGCGCGUGUAUUGGUGGAGCAGCCCAUGCAGUUCAAAAGGGCAGACAAGAGCAGAAGAAACGGGUGACCAAAGCACAGCACAACAACAAUAACGCAUUUAAGCCAACUCACUGGCUUACGUAUGCCUGUGUGUGUAUGUGUGAGCGAGUGCGCUUGUGUAAAUGUUCUUCCCAAUACGUGAAUACGAAUAUGUAAAUCAAAUUAAUAAUGGCUGCAGAUAAUUCUCGUGUGCUCAAAAUUUCGAAUUCAAACUAGAAAGUGUCGCGUGCGAAAGUGUUGAAAAGAAAAAAGAAUAGCAACAGCAGCCGCGCAAUUUGUAUUUUUUUAUGUAGAUGAAAACUAAAACCUGUUCUAAGCGCCCAAGUGCAAGUAACACACACACACACAUGCUCACAUGUAUGCGUUUGCAAAAAGGUGGUAAAGAACGAAAGAUAAAUAAAGCGAAAUAAAGCAAAACUCGAGAUCAAUGUGCAACAGAAAAUAACGAAAAGAAACGUAGAAAACCCUAUAUAACGUAGCAAUAAUUUAACUACGAAAACGAACAACAACAAUAAUAAAAAAAAAACCAUCAUGGCUCUAACUUAUGCGUCAGCAACAUCAACCGCCAGCAACAAGCACGUCACACUACAAAAACAACGGCAACAACAACAGCGGCUACAACAACAAAAUGCGCGAAAAAUAACAAAACAACAGAGACAGCGACAGAGCCGUGCGCGCACGAAAAUCUCAGCUCAAAUAACGGCGUCGGCGUCGGCGCUGACGUCGACAUCAGCGUCGCUGCUCAAGCGCGCAGUAGCAGCGCCCCAAUGGAUAUUUCUCUUCAUAUUAAUUUAUUUAGCAACAGAUGUUGCCGCCGUUGAGGUGCACACCAAGGAAGCAUAUUUCAAUGGCUCCGCUUAUUUGCGCCUGCUGACGCCCAUGCCCAUUUGGGAUCACUCGGCGAUUAGUUUUCGCUCGUGUCGUGGCGGCGAAAUACUCGCCCAGCAAUAUAAUAAAAACUCAAUUGUAAUCUCAGUGCUCAACGAUUUUCUGCAAGUCUCGCUCGCCGGCCCAGCGGUCAUUGGGCCCAACAAUCGUUUGGACGUCAAAUUGCCCUAUCAGCUCUUGGACAAUCGCUGGCAUACGCUGCAAUUCAAAUACGAGUAUGGUAAUCUCUAUUUGCAUGUGGAUCGUGCGGCAAUUAUAUUUGCCAACUCGACGUACAACAGUCAGUUUCUGACCAAUCAGGAUAUAGGCAAUGAGGCUGCAAUUUUGAUACUGGGCAACUCCUUCUCGGGCUGUUUGCUGGAUGGACCGGGACUGCAGUUUGUCAAUGGCUCGAUGACGGUGCAGAAUGCAGUGUUUGGUGUAUGCCCUUUGACCCCGGGUUCAUGCAGCGAGCAUGAGCAGUUUACGCGCGUGCAGGAUAAUUAUUGCUUGAACGAUCCUUGCAUGGGACACGGCACUUGCAGCUCCACUAAUGAGGGCUACGAAUGUCGCUGCACUGCGCGCUACUCGGGCAAGAAUUGCCAGAAGGACAAUGGCUCGCCUUGCGCUAAGAAUCCUUGCAGCAAUGGCGGCAGCUGCUUGGAGAACUCACGUGGCGACUAUCAAUGCUUCUGCGAUGCCACGCACAGUGGACAGCACUGCGAGACGGAGGUGAACAUACAUCCGCUUUGCCAGGCGAGUCCUUGCCUGAACAAUGGCGCCUGCGUGGUGCUGGCGGGCAGCAACAGCUUGGCCUGCGAGUGUCCCAAAGGCUAUGCGGGCGCACGCUGUGAGAUCGACAUGGACGAGUGUGCAUCGCAGCCUUGCCAGAACAAUGGCAGCUGCAUAGAUCGCAUCAAUGGCUUCAGCUGCGACUGCAGCGGCACUGGCUACUCCGGCGCCUUCUGCCAAACCAACAUCGAUGAGUGCGAGAAGAAUCCUUGCCUGAACGGUGGACGCUGCUAUGACACCUAUGGCUGGUACACUUGCCAGUGCCUUGACGGCUGGCAUGGCGAGGUCUGCGAGAAGCCCAUCAGCUGCCAGACGACGCAGUGCCUCAAUGGCGGCACCUGCGUGGACAAGGCCAUUGGCUUUCAGUGCAUCUGCGCGCCGGAAUACAGCGGCGAGCUCUGCCAGCUCGGGCCCAGCUGUGCGCAACAGUGUCCCAUCGACUCGGAAUGCAUUGGCGGCGUCUGUGUGUGUAAGCCAGGCACAUCGGGCCCCAUUGGUCAUUGCCUGCCAACAACGACACUACCAACAAUUGAAAUAGCAACAACAAUAGCAACAACUAUACCAACAACAACUACCACUAGUACAACUACUACCAAAACACCGCUAAUAACCACAACAAGUACAACAACAACAACAAAAAACAAUAAACAACAACAAGCACCAACCCAACGCUCGGCCUCACUGAAUGCAUGUCCCCAAGAAAAAUGCUUGAACGGUGGCACCUGUCUAGGAUAUAGUAACAAUUAUACCUGUAUAUGUGCUAAAGGAUACACAGGUUACAACUGUCAACAGAGCAGCAGCAGCAGCAGCGAUGGCGGCAAUGCGCUGGCCUUGGCGCCCAUCAACUGCAACGCCACCAAUGGCAAGUGCCUGAAUGGCGGCACCUGCUCCAUGAACGGCACGCACUGCUACUGCGCUGUGGGCUACAGCGGCGAUCGCUGCGAGAAGCCGGACAGCUGCUCGCCACACAAUUGCCAGGAGCCGAUGCUGUGUGUGCAGAAUCAAUGCAUUUGCCCCGAGAACAAGGUGUGCAAUCAAUGUGCCACACAGCCGUGUCAAAACAAUGGCGAGUGCUUCGAUCUGCCCAAUGGGGAUUACGAGUGCAAGUGUCAGCGCGGCUGGACGGGACGCAAUUGUGCCAACGAUGUGGACGAGUGCUCGCUGCAGCCCAAAAUCUGUGGCAAUGGCAUUUGCAAGAACGAGAAGGGCUCUUAUAAAUGCUAUUGUACGCCGGGAUUCACAGGCGUGCAUUGUGACUCGGAUGUGGACGAGUGCUUGAGUCAUCCGUGUCUGCAUGGUGCCACAUGCCACAACAAGAUUAAUGCCUACGAGUGCGUUUGUCAGCCUGGUUAUCAAGGACUGAACUGUGAAAUUGAUAUUGAUGAGUGCAUUAGCAAUCCUUGCUCCAAUGGCUCCACCUGCAUUGAUAUGAUUAAUAAUUUCACCUGCAACUGCAUACCGGGCAUGACUGGACGCAUAUGUGAUAUUGACAUUGAUGAUUGCAUCUCCGCGCCUUGCCUGAACAAUGGUCAGUGCAUUGAUGAGCUGGGCGGCUUUCAUUGCGACUGCAGCGGCACUGGCUAUCAGGGCAAGAACUGUGAGCUAAACAUUGAUGAAUGCAUUUCGAAUCCCUGCACAAAUGGCGCCAAGUGCAUAGAUCAGGUCAAGGACUAUUUGUGUGAAUGCCAUGCGGGCUACAAGGGCAAGAACUGCGAGCAGGAUGUCAACGAAUGCGAGAGCAAUCCUUGUCAGUAUAACAGCACCUGCCUGGAGCGCUCCAAUGCGACGCUAUAUCAGCUAAGCAGAUUUACGGAUUUGCCGCGUGUGUUUAGUCAGCCGUUUAGCUAUGAAAAUGCCAGCGGCUACGAAUGUGUAUGCGUGCCUGGCAUUAUAGGCAAGAACUGUGAGAUUAAUAUAAACGAAUGUGAAAGCAAUCCCUGCAGCAAACAUGGCACCUGCAAUGAUGGCAUUGGCACCUAUAGCUGCGAAUGUGAUCCCGGGUUUGAGGGCACGCAUUGUGAAAUCAACAUAGACGAGUGCGAUCGCUAUAAUCCCUGCCAUAAUGGCACCUGCAUCGAUCAAAUAAAUGACUACGACUGCGAUUGCGAUGCCAACUUUGGUGGCAAGAACUGUUCAGUGCCUUUGAUUGGCUGCACCAGCGGUCCCUGUCUCAAUGGCGGCACCUGUCGUCCUUAUUUGGUAAACGAAACUAUACACCUGUUCAACUGCAGCUGCGAGCAUGGCUUCCAAGGCGACACCUGCGAAAAGAUUACCACACUCUCAAUGGUAGUAAGCAGCUUGAUUACAGUUAAAACGCAGCGUGAGGAGGGCUACGAUAUUAAUUUGCAAUUCAAAACUACGCUGCCAAAUGGCGUGUUGGCCUUUGGCACUUCCGGCGGGCAGAACGAGCCUGUUAGCUACAUACUGGAGCUUAUCAAUGGACGCUUGAAUCUGCACUCGUCGCUGCUUAACAAAUGGGAGGGCGUCUUUAUAGGCUCCAAGCUAAACGACAGCAAUUGGCAUAAAGUAUUUGUAGCUAUCAAUACCUCACAUUUGGUGCUGUCUGCCAAUGAUGAGCAGGCUAUAUUCCCAGUGGGCUCCUAUGAAACUGCCAACAACAGUCAGCCCUCGUUUCCUUUAACCUAUUUGGGCGGCACUAUACCCAAUCUCAAGUCGUAUUUGCGCCACUUGACGCAUCAGCCUUCAAGCUUUGUAGGCUGCAUGCAGGAUGUGGUAGUAAAUGGUCAAUGGAUCUUCCCAGAUGCGCAUAAUAACAAUUAUACUGAUGCGGAUACUACGCUCAACUAUGUGCAGUCCGGUUGUCCACGCACAGAGCAGUGCAAACCAAAUCCUUGUCGCUCCAAUGGCGAGUGCACAGAUCUUUGGCACACAUUCGCUUGUCACUGUCCCAGACCCUUCUUCGGACACAAUUGUCAGCAUAAUAUGACAGCUGCUACCUUUGGACAUGAGAAUACCACACACUCCGCUGUCAUAGUGGAGACUACAGAUGUAGCCAGACGUGCUAUACGCUCCAUACUGGACAUAUCCAUGUUUAUACGCACACGUGAGCCCACUGGGCAGGUGUUUUAUUUAGGCAGCGAUCCACGCAAAAUGCCCACGAAGAAUGUGGGCGACUCUUAUGUGGCUGCUAAGCUGCAUGGCGGCGAGCUGCUCGUCCGCAUGCAGUUCAAUGGCACGCCCGAGGCUUAUACAGUGGGUGGACAGAAGCUGGACAAUGGCUACAAUCAUUUGAUUGAGGUUGUGCGCAAUCAAACUUUGGUGCAGGUCAAGCUCAAUGGCACCGAGUACUUCCGCAAGACGCUGUCGACGACAGGUCUGCUGGACGCACAGGUGCUCUACUUGGGUGGACCAGCGCCAACGCGCGAGUCGCUGCUGCCGGCGAGCACUGAGCCGGGCGUGGAGGAUAGCCAGCUGCCCGGUGUGCUGCCUAAGGAUGUGGACGACAGCAAGGACUACUUCAAGGGCAUUAUACAGGAUGUUAAAGUGAGCAACGGCUCGCUUAAUAUGAUUGUCGAAAUGUAUCCAUUGAAUGUAACCGAUGUGCAUGUGAAUGCGAAACCCUUUGGCGCUGUUAGCAUCGAUCGCGCUUCGGUGCUGCCUGGCGAGGUGUCCGAUGAUUUGUGCCGCAAGAAUCCUUGCAAGCAUAAUGCCGAGUGUCGCAACACUUGGAACGACUACAGCUGCAAGUGUCCCAAUGGCUACAAGGGCAAGGAUUGCCAGGAAAUUGAAUUCUGCCAGCUGGUCACCUGCCCAGGCGAUAGUAAAUGCCAGAAUCUGGACGACGGCUAUGAAUGCUUGACUAACAUUACAUUUACGGGACAGGAGCAUGCGCCGCUGGCCUUCUCCUACUUCAAGGAGCAGCUGCCGGAGGAUGCAGUGGGCAAGCAGCCGCUGCUCAAGCCCAUUAUAGAGAUUGCCUAUCGAACGCGCGCUGGCGGCACUUUGCUGUUCAUAGACAAUCAGGAUAGCUUCUUCGAAAUAGGCGCCAGCGGUGGACGUGUUACAGUCACCUGGAAGCUAACACAGCUGCACAUAGGCGAGUCGGGACGCUUUGAGAAGGAGAACACGGAUGGCGAAUGGAGUCGCAUCUAUUUGCGCGCACAUGCGGGCAAACUGGAAGGCGGCUGGAAGGGCUGGGAGUCUAUGGUGGAUCCUACGCCUGGUUUCUCCACAGACAUCGAUCAGGCUGCCUUCCAGGAGCUGCUCUCGAGCAGCACAGCAGUCUAUCUGGGCGGCAUGCCCGAGUCGCGUCAAUCGCGCGGCUCUACGCAAUCCGCGCAGCAAGGCUCACAGUUCAAGGGCUGCGUGGGUGAGGCACGCGUUGGCGAUUUGCUGCUGCCCUACUUUUCCAAUGCGGAGCUCUAUCCGCCCACAGAAAACGUCUCGGUGCAGCUGCAGGCGCAAUUCCGUUUGAACUCCACGCGUCCUGCCGAGGGCUGCAUACUCUGCUUCCAGGCAGACUGCAAGAACGGCGGCAAAUGCACCACGCCCACUGAGGAAUACGCCUGCACUUGUCAGCCAGGCUAUGAGGGCGACGACUGCGCCACAGACAUUGACGAGUGCCUGGACACGCACUGCGAGAACAACGGCACCUGCAUUAACCAGGUGGCCAACUUCUAUUGCCAAUGCCAGCCCGGCUUCGAGGGUCGCUACUGCGAGCAAAACAUUGACGAGUGCGCCAAUCGGCCCUGCCUCAAUGGUGGCAACUGCACAGAUCUCAUAGCAGCGUUCCACUGUGACUGUCCCGAGGAGUACACCGGACCGCAGUGCGAUGUGCUCAAGCAAUUGACCUGCGAGAAUGAGCCCUGCCGCAAUGGCUCCACUUGUGCAGAUGGUUUCAAUGCACAAACUGGCAACAACUUUACCUGCAGCUGCACCAUGGGCUUCGAGGGUCCACUCUGCGAUACGCCGUUCUGCGAGCAAACGCCCUGCGCCAAUGGCGGUCUCUGUCUUACUACAAAUAACCUACCCAACUGCAAGUGUAGUCUGGGCUACACUGGUCGCCUGUGUGAGCUGGAAAUUGAUGAAUGCGCCUCGAAUCCCUGCCAGAAUGGUGGCCAGUGCGAGGAUAUGGUGGGUGGCUACAAGUGCCAUUGCGAUGCCACCGGCUUUGAGGGCGUACACUGCGAGAAUGAUAUUAAUGAAUGUGCGCAGGGCAAUUACUGCGGCGGCAUUGGCAUUUGCAGUAAUUUGCCGGGCAGCUUCAAGUGCAGCUGCCAGCGACCCUACUGCGGUGCCCAUUGCAAUUUCACAGAUCCCUGCACGCAGCCCGGCAUUUGUGCCAAUGGCGGACAAUGCAUUGAGGACUGCGGCAUGCAGAUUGAUUACUACUGCAACUGCACGGAAGGUUUUACGGGCAAAAACUGCUCAGCGCCGAUUACGGCCAAGGAUGAUGGUCCUUCGACAACAGACAUUGCCAUUAUAGUCAUACCUGUGGUUGUUGUUCUCCUGCUGAUUGCUGGCGCCUUGCUGGGCACCUUUUUGGUCAUGGCACGUAAUAAGCGCGCCACACGCGGCACUUACAGCCCCAGCGCACAGGAGUACUGCAAUCCACGCUUGGAGAUGGACAAUGUGCUCAAGCCACCGCCAGAGGAGCGUCUUAUUUAAUGCUGCCCCUUGCAGCAAACGAUAUUUGCUAAAUCCGCCCACACACACACACUAAAAACUAUUUGACUUUAGUUUUAACGGUGCCUAAACCAAGCAACUUCACUCAACAAGUACACUAGACGCCUACGCUUUAGUUAGUUUAAUAUAAAUAACGUUGUCUAUUUAUUGUAGUAAGUAGUUUAUAGUCUGCAAUCCACUUUAUAGUCGUUAUAUAGUUACAGUUUAGAGAUAUACAGUAUUUCUCGCUCUAUAUAUCGAAAAGCUGCGAUCAAAAUUGUGCUGCACAUUAAUGAGAAUCAUAUACGUUGCAUUCCAAGCAAAGCCCUUAAAAGAAAUCUAAUUGUAUGUACGAGUAUUUUGUUUGUAAAUAGUUAUUAAUUGAAAGCUUGCUUAAAAAAUUCUAAUUAGCUGAGCUAAACUAAGCCUCCUCCCUAUACACCAUACCAUACCUAACAGUGGCCUUAUAUGAGUGAAUUAAAACUGAGUAAAGCGUACGUAUAUAUUAUAUAUAGUUACUAAGUAAAUCAAAUAUUUUUGACCUACAAUUUGUAAGCGUAAACAUAAGAGACUGUACUAUACUUACAACAACAACAAACAAAAAUAACUAUAUUAAAUAUAUUUCGACAAUUUUUG